CAGCUCCAGCCAGAACUCGCUCCCACCAUGCCCAACAACAAGGUCAAGACCACAAAGGCCCUCCAGAGCAAAAAGACAAAGAUCGCCUCGCGCGGCGUCCACCCAAACUCGCGCCGCGCAAAGCAGCUCCAGCGCGUCGAGCUCCGCACAAAGAAGCUCGAGGUCCACGGCAAGGUCCGCCGUGUACAGGAGGUCCACGAAGUUGACCGCCUCCUGUACUUCGUCCACGCCCUCUCCGAAGACACGACCUCGCUGUCGCUCCCCGAGCUCCACGACGUCCUGCACGGCUACCUGAACCGCCACGCGUCCGAGCUCGUCGACCUCGCCCACGAGCGCGAGUCGCGCUCCAACUGGCGCAAGACCGAGGGCAAGGGCAAGCGCGAGAUCGAGCUCGAGGAGCUGCGCAAGGAGGAGACGAGCGAGUACCGCAGCGGCUUCGUGCUGCCCGACUUGACCAUCCCGGAGAAUGUCGAGCUGUGCAGGCAGUGGGUGCGGCCGGCGCCGUCCAAGGAGGGCAAGAACGCCAAGGGCGGCGACCCGUCCUUCCUCGGCCGGAUUCGACUCGUGCGCAUCUUCUCCGAGGACAAGAACGCCGUCGUCGUCGAGCAGAAGGGCGCGCGAGAGGCGUGGGGCGAGGGCGAGGGCGAGGUCGAGAUGGGCUCGGCCGACGAGGACGACGAGUGAACCCGGCUCUCUGUUCUCUCCGUGUACGAGUUACCCUGUCGCGUUCUCUCGUGUUGUAGCUCUCCCUCUCUGUGUCACCAGCCUCUGCGCGUCCCUCUCGAC